CCCGGUUCGAGAAGAAGAGGUUUCAAGAUGGUUCGUGGUGGACCUGCAGAUCGUACCGUUCGUAGAGCCAAAAUAUUCGCCCUUGCAAAGGGUUUUAGAGGCCGUUCCAAGAACUGCUAUAGCUUGGCAGUGCGAAGAGUCCAGAAGGCACUUCAGUACCAGUAUGUCAGUAGACACUUGAAGAAGAGGGACAUGAGAUCUCUCUGGCAGACCCGUAUAAAUAUAGCUGGCAGGGAACAUAACAUUAAUUACUCUUCAUUCAUGUACCAAAUGGCUAGG